CAAUGUUGAGGUGUUUAUAUAACUCUUUAAGAGCAACUUUGCUAAUUAGACACAUAAACGUGAAAUGGAGUUUGGAAUUUUUUUGUGGUGGCUAAUGUUGGCGGCCUUGUUUCAAUUAUCUUCUAUUCAUGGUUGUUUGAGGGAGGAGAGAGAAGCUCUCUUGCGAUUCAAAGCUUCCAUGAACUCCUCAUAUGAUAUCUUCACAUCUUGGAACUCAUCUCAGGAAGGGAGAAAUUGUUGCAAUUGGGAAAGAGUUGUGUGUGACAACACUACAGGGCAUGUAAUCAAGCUUCAUCUUGAUGGUGUAUUCCCUAGUGAAAAUUCAUAUCUGAAUGCCUCUCUAUUUAUUCCCUUUCAAGAGCUUAAGUACCUGAAUUUGAGUUCCAAUGAAAUAUCUAGAUGGGCUCCAAAUGAAGGUUUUGAAAGAUUAUCUAGAUUGAGGAAGCUAGAGGUGCUUGACUUCAGUUGGAAUUACAUCAAUGAAAGCUUCCUGUCAUCCUUUGGUCAGAUCUUAUCGCUCAAGAAACUAUAUUUGAGAUACAACUUAGAUCCACCAAUCAAUAUCCCAAUCUCAGAGUUUGGAAGGCUUAAGAACCUACAGGAGUUGUAUUUGGAUAAUACCUACAUUGACAAAAGCUUCCUCGGUAAAGUUGGAGUUAUGACUUCCCUUAAUGUAUUGACAAUGCGAAACUGUGAACUCAAUGGAAGUUUGCCCAUCAUUCAAGGCUUGUGUGAGCUCAUGAAUCUACGAGAAUUAGAUCUCAGCCAUAACAAUUUUGAAGGGAUAUUGCCUUCAUGUUUGGCAAACAUGACAAAACUUCGAAUAUUUGAUAUCUCUUCAAAUCGCUUUAAUGGAAGCAUUGAUCUCUCCCCUCUACCUAGUUUGAAGUCACUUGAGUACCUUGGUUUAUCACAUAACUACUUCAACCCAAUCACAUUCUCCUCAUUUUUUAAUCUCUCAAAGCUUGAGGUCAUAUUUAGUGCUGGCAACAACCUGGUUGAUGAAACUCUAUCUCAAAGAUGGAUUCCAAGCUUCCAAUUAAAGGCUCUCAGUUGUUCAAGCUGCUUUUCUACCAAGUCUAGUAGAAUAAUUACUAGAUUCCUUCAUUACCAGUUUGACUUGCAACUACUACUUCUCCCUCACAACACUUUGGAAGGACAGUUCCCCACAUGGUUGCUAGAAAACAAUACAAGGUUGGCAAUUCUUAAUUUGGGAAAUAACUCAUUAACAGGAACUUUGCAGCUCCCCAAUCAUUAUAUUCCCAACCUUUUGGUUUUAGAUAUUUCAUUCAAUAAUAUACAAGGUCCAAUUCCAACUACUUUUGGUUUAGUUUUUCCAAAUCUGGAGCUUUUAAAUAUUUCUAAAAAUGACUUUGAAGGUGUUAUUCCUUUUUCUUUUGGUAAUUUGGCCUCCUUAAGAUAUUUAGACAUGUCAAGCAAUAAUUUUUCUGGAACAAUUCCAGAGAAUUUGACAAUGGGUUGCUCCUCCUUAGAGUACCUUAGAUUGUCCAAAAAUCAUUUGAGUGGCCAAUUAUUUCCUGCAAAUUCAAAUCUAACAACCCUAGAAUCUUUGUAUUUGGACAACAACCACUUUUCAGGAGAGAUCUCACAUAGCAUAUCUAAUCUAACAAACUUGGAAGUAAUUGAUUUCAGUAAUAACAGUUUGUUAGGAAUGCUUCCAAUAUGGAUGGGGAACAUGACGUCAUUGAGAGAUAUUGCUAUCGCAAAAAACCAGCUUGAAGGUCCCAUUCCAAUUGAGUUAUGUAACUUGAGAUCCCUUUCAUUUUUUGACCUGUCCCAUAACAAUUUGUUUGGCUCUAUACCCUCUUGCUCCAACUGGUCCGAGAUCAUACAUGUUCAUUUGAAUAAAAAUAGGCUAUCCGGUCCCAUUACCAGUGCAUUCAAGGGUUGCUCUACUUUAGUCACUCUAAAUCUUAGAGAUAACUACCUUACUGGCAAUAUUCCAAAUUGGAUCGGCAACCUUUCAAGUUUGAGCAUUCUUCUCUUGAAAGCAAAUUAUUUACAGGGAAAAAUUCCAUUUCAAAUAUGUCUUUUAGAAAACCUAAGUUUGUUGGAUCUUUCCAAAAAUAGUUUUUCUGGUCAAAUACCUCAUUGCUUGAGUAACAUUACAUUUGAGCCAACCUACACAAAAUCUAAAAUAUUAGAACUUGGCGUUAACUCUUCCAUUAGUUUCAACAUGUCAUCAUUCUUGCAAUCUGCAAUGAUAAUGAACAAAGACAACAUGUAUGUUUUCGAUGAUCCAUAUUAUAUGUUACCAACCGUGGAAGUACUACAAGAAGUGGAGUUCUCAACAAAAAAUAGAAUUUUCUCCUACAAAGGUGACAUUCUCGACUACAUGUCUGGGAUUGAUCUCUCAUGCAACAAAUUAGAAGGAGGAAUUCCACCUGAGCUUGGAGACUUGAGUAACAUCCAUGCAUUGAACCUGUCAUUCAACAAUCUAACCGGAUCAAUCCCCACCUCAUUCUCGAAACUUAAUCAAAUUGAGAGUUUGGAUCUAUCCAAUAAUAACUUGGAUGGUAUUAUUCCCCCACAAUUAAUAGAGUUGAACUAUUUGGCCGUCUUCGAUGUGGCACACAAUAACUUUUGGGGGACAACACCAGAAAGAAAAGCUCAGUUUGGUACCUUCGAUGAAAGCAGUUACGAGGGAAAUCCUCUCCUGUGUGGACCACCACUGCAUAAGGCUUGCACUAAAAUUCAACCAUCAUCUAACAUUCCAACUGAUGACAAGGGAGAUGAAGCUUGUGGUUUUAUGGACUUGGAACUUUUCUACAUUAGCUUUGCAGUGUCUUACAUGACAGUGUUGUUGGGAAUUGUUGUUAUUCUCUAUAUAAAUCCACACUGGCGACGGGCGUGGUUUAACUUUGUUAAAUUGUGAAUCUCCACUUGCUACUAUUUUGUUGUAAUCAACACUCGGAAGCUAUCUAGCUUUAGAAUUGUCUAGCUUUGUGUUUUGAUGUUUGCAUUUUUGUAUGUCAUCUGUCUUUCCUUUCUUCAAUUUCAAGCUUUUAGUUUAAGUAACAUAUAUGAGACUUGAAAGUUUGCUUUAGCAUUGUAACUUUAGUAGUCAAUUAGUGACCAAUUAGGCAAGAUGCUUGAAUGAUAGAUAUUCCUUUUCGAGUCAA